GUGAUAAUUCCUUUGUUUACGCACUAGUUUGUUCACUUCUUGUUACACUGUGCCUACCUCCUCUCCCUCCAGGGUCACUCAAAUAUUCAUUUUUCCUUUUUUUUUUUCAUCAUUCAAUGCACAAUUUCUUAUUCUAGUUCCAUUAAAAUAUAUGACUUCAAUUUUACUCAAAACUGUUACAAUAAAAACAUGCCAGUAUGUGUCUGCUGUUUGGUAACAGAAUUGUCGCUUUUUCUUCACUCUAUACCUUUCCUUUUGCUCCUAACAGUCAGUUCUUCAUGAAAUCUCUCACAUUUUGCCUUCAAAUUCAUCAGAUUUUGAAAUCAUUUUCAUUGUAAUUAAGUGUUUUUUUUUCAUCAAUUUAUUAUCACAUGGGCAUUUUGCGCUAAGAACUUUUCCCUUUGAUAAACAAUUUUUGUUUGGUGGGGAGGGUUAUGGGCCUUCUGGAUUCAUUGUUUGGAAAUGGGGGUAGAAGGUUUAUCAAGAGAAAAGAUAGCGAUGCUGGUGAAGCAGGUCGGGCACUGGAAGAUCUCAGAGGUUCCCUCUACAAUGAGCUUCGAACAUCAGAAGCAGCCAAGCGCCAACAACGACGAUUCUGUGGUCCAGUUGUUGCAUUGACCUUCAAUUUCAUGGUUGCUGUUGGAAUAAUAUUGGGAAACAAACUUGUUAUGGGCAGAGUCGGAUUUAAUUUUCCCAUUUUCCUAACGUUUAUCCAUUAUUGCUGUGCUUGGCUACUACUUGCCAUAUUCAAGGCUUUGUCAUUGCUUCCAGCUGCUCCUCCUGCUAAAUCAACCCCAUUUUCUUCACUCUUUUCUUUGGGUGUCGUGAUGGCUUUUGCCUCUGGCCUUGCCAAUGCUAGUCUGAAGCAUAACAGUGUGGGUUUCUAUCAGAUGGCUAAAAUUGCUGUUACUCCAACCAUUGUCAUUGCAGAGUUCUUUCUUUUCAAGAAAACCGUAUCCUUUCACAAAGUUCUGGCUUUGGCUGUUGUGUCAGUAGGCAUCGCAGUUGCAACUGUCACAGACUUGGAAUUUAAUUUAUUUGGGGCUUGUAUUGCACUAGCAUGGAUAGUUCCAAGCAGUGUAAACAAAAUUCUUUGGUCAAAUCUCCAACAACAAACCAAUUGGACUGCUCUUGCGUUGAUGUGGAGGACGACCCCAGUGACAAUUUUCUUCUUGGUAGCACUAAUGCCUUGGUUAGAUCCUCCAGGAGUGCUAUCCUUCAAGUGGGACGUCCACAAUACGAGUGCUAUACUCAUCUCAGCUUUACUUGGUUUUCUCUUGCAAUGGUCUGGAGCUUUAGCACUUGGAGCUACAUCGGCAACUUCACACGUUGUUUUGGGACAAUUCAAGACUUGUGUGAUCCUACUAGGAGGAUAUCUCCUGUUUAGUUCAGAUACGGGGUGGACAAGUAUAUGUGGUGCCGUUACAGCUCUUGGUGGAAUGACAGUAUACACAUCCCUCAGCAUAAAGGAAUCAAGAGAAAAGGCAAGUGACCAGCUUCCAAAGCACAGUUUACCUCCUCAAAAACUCAAAAGUACUGAAGAUGACGACAACUCCAGAUACUCACCUCCGGACCACACUCCUGCUGUCGUCUAAGCUGCAUUUCUUCCCUUUUUUUUGUAGGUAUAUAAGUUAGAUCUAAUUUUUGGCUCACUUUAAUCUUAUGAACAACAUAAUGUGUAAAUUUCUGCAUUGCAAAACAUUGCAACACACCAGCAUUGUCUAUCGAAAAAGAUGCUUUAGGAUUA